AUGGACAGGUUCAGCUUCGGCAGCAACUUCCAGUUCUUCCCUAUCCAAGGCCCAGGUGGGAUCGUUCCGGGAGCCACGGUGGAAGCCGAAUGGGUCCCUGGCCGGUGGCACCGCGGCCAGGUUGUAGAGGCAGGUCCAGGAGCUCUCACCAUCCAAUAUGACGAUGGGUACUUGCAACGCAACGUGCCGCUGGCGAAGGUGCGGCCCGUGCCGGCUGGAGCGGGGCCAGCGACGCCCGUGGGCACUGGCGCCUCCUGGAGCGGUUCAGCGGCACACAGGCCUGGAGUUCCCCCACCACCGCCACCUGCUGCAUAUCCGUGGCCAGAGGAGUCUGGGAACCAGCGUGUCGAUCCAUCUGCAGGACUGGAUUUGCCCCGGCUGAAGCUUCAGCCGCGAGGGGCACCGCCCAACGCGCCCAACCCACCUGGAGAGACGAUCGAGCCGUCCAAAGAAGGCUUUGAGGAAGAGGAUCCGGGCACCCGGAAGGCACGAAGACGGCUGAGUGCCGCUGUCGAGAAGGGUAGCACGAAGGAGGUGGAGGAGUUGCUGUUGGAAGCGCAGAGGAUGGGCAUGCAAGGUUCCGAGGUCAGAUGGGCACGAGACACUUUGCUUGCAGCAGAGGCGGCAGACUUUCGAAAGAAAACCUUGAGCUUGGUGGAGGAUGCUAUUGAGUCGCUUGACUACUGGAAACUGCAAGCAGCAAUGCAAGCUGUUAUUGGCUGUGGCCUAGGGAAGGACCAGGCUCCACGCCUGAAGCAAGCCAUGAGGACCCACAAGCUUCGCUCCGAGGCCGCCCGUGAGCUCCGGAAGGCAGCUCAGGCGAGAGACAAGGCUCGUCUUCGGACAGCUAUCGAGAGCGCCUUGAAGGUUCAUACAGAAGAGGCAGUGGUGAAGAAAGCUCGUGAUGCUCUGCGAACUUUACAGGCACGUGAGACUGCAAGGGAUGAGCUUCGAAAAGCUACGGUGUCCAAGGAGCCGGCCAAGCUGAAAGUCGCCAUCGCAGCAGCGGAGAAGGUGGGACUUCACGAAGAGGCACCUGGAAUGCUUGGAGAAGACCCGAAGGAGCAGGAGGAGUUGGGGGCAGCUCGCCAGGAGUUGCGGCAGCAUGCGAUGGCAAGGCUCUCCAAGCUGGCGGAUUCAGAAGAUGUGGAAAACUUUGCCAAAGGUUUGGAGGAGCUUGCAGAUCACGGGGUACCGAAGCAAGAGUGGCAACAGUUCAAGAAGAGGCACUCGCAGCUGAAAAUUCGACAGGGAUGCCAAACGAAGCUGGCUCUUGCUACGAAGGCAAGAAAUAAGGAGCAAAUACUACUUGCUAUGAAAGAAGCCAAGGAGAACUCUGUGGAAGAAGACUGUGAAGUGAUGGAAAUUGCCAGACAGACACUGUCUAUUCUGGAGGCCGAAGAGACCAUGGCCAAGACCAGGGCGGACGUGGCAGAGGAGCUCUCCAAAGCAGUGCAGGGAGAGGAUCAGCGCCGCUUGCUGGCUGCGAUCACCGCAGCAGACGCGGCAGGCUUCACCAGUUCGGAGGUCGGAUUUGCAAGGGAGCGACUCAGACGCUUGCGAGCACGGGUAGGUGCAGCACAAGAGCUCCGAGAAGCUGCACAUUCAGCAGAUUUGUACAGGCUUCGUGCAGCGAUCACCGCUGCCAAAAGAGCAGAGGUUUCGGAGGCAGAAAUCGCAGGUGGGAAAGAAGCGCUUCGCUGCCUGGAAUUACAGGCAGAUGUUCGCAGAAGCAUCGAGGCAGCGGUGACCGCGAAGGAUGCCGAUCUGCUGAGGCAUUGCAUUGAAGAGGGGAAGAAAUCAGGUCUCAAUCGUCAGGAGGUGGCGAAAGCUCAGAAGCUGCUCCACAAGCUUGGCCAGUCCUCCGUGGGCCGCGAACUCUCAGAGGCACUGAAGACUGGCGACACAGUCCGCCUCAGAGCAGCAGCACGAGCUGCGACAGAUGCCGGGAUGAACGGUGGCGAGGUGGACUCUGCCUGGCAUCGACUUCGGGAGCUGGAAUCUCAUUCGUGGCUGAGGCAGCAGCUGGACAGUGCUGCGGCCAGCAAUGAUGCUGUCCGGCUGCAGGCUGCCAUCAAGCAGGCUGAGCUUGGAGGUUUGGCGAUGGCAGACCUUCUUCCAGCCAAGAGGCACUUAGAUGCCCUGAAUGCUCGGCUACAUGCGCGGCAGGAACUUCACCUCGCAAAGACCAGUGGGAAUCCUUAUGCGCUGUUGGCCGCUGUCCGUCAAGGGGAAGAGGCUGGACUCCCGCACCAUGAACUUGAUUCAGCAAGGAGAGGCACUGAAGCCUUGGGCCAGAUCGAGAUUGCUCCUGAGACUGAUUUCUUCGCACCGGCCACACAACCUCAGCUGCAAACGAUCCUGCUGGAGCAACCACCCACAGUUCUGGGGACUUUGCAACAGCCGACACAGCCACAGCUGCACCCUACAACUGACUCGAGCAGCUGGUUGGAUGGUGGAUGGCUCACCUCCUUUCGAACUCGGGAGCUUGCGCCCCCGGUGACGCAGCCGGACAUGAGUCAAACGUGGGGCGCCCAGAAGACGACCAGGGCACGAACAGCGGAGGAAAGUGCAGCACUGUCACAGCGGAGAACGCCCAGCAUGAACUCCCAGCACCAGUGGGAUGGCGUUUGGGACACACUGGACGCUGAGCUAAGGCUUUGUUCCGCUUCAUGGCUGCGCGGAAGCACUAACGGCAGCCACAGCUGGUCUGAAACAGUCAGCUGUGAAGUGGACGCCUUUUCCACCGACGUUCCGCCGGCCUGGUAUCACCGCAUCACCACAAUGGGAUGCUGCUGUUUGCGUGCGCAAAUCACUCCUUUACAGCCUGAACAGCCCCUGGACCACAGAGUCUAUGCUGAGAACUACAGUAGACCAGAUCGAGGAAGGCUUUGGGAAGAUCUCAUAAAGGAAGGGGGUCAACAAAUCAUUCGUUUUGAAGAGGUAGAGGAUAUUCGCACCUAUGAUCCUGGGACACCUGAUCCCUCGCAAGUUGGUGUGCUUGUCCUCACCGAGUUGUUUUUGUGGUGGCAUUCAUCGCCAUCUUCAAGCACCAGCGACGCAAUUUCAACGCAUACAAAGCCUAGCAGACGGUCAAGGAUCAGAGGCGGAAGCUGCAUAGUCAUUGGCUACGACAUGAUAGAAGAGGUGGGUAUCGUUUGCUUCGACGCCGGCGGAUGCGCCGUCCGCAUCUUUGCUCGUGAGGUGUUCGGAGAUCCCAUCGAAGUGGUUUUCCGAGUGCUGCAGCCGGCAGAAACUCUUCCUGCUUUUACCACCGCCAUCCCAGAGGAGGAGUGUGGGCCUGAAGGUAGUGAGGCAUGGCAUCAGACUUUGGCGAGCGUCCUAGAUGGAGUGCUUAAAGCAUACAAUUGGGCGCACUACUUUUUGCAUUGCGGAUUGCGACAGCACGACCUGUUUGAGCAUUUGGGAGUUGACCGACCACAGCUUUCACUUCUGCCGAACGAGCAGAUCAUGGAGACCUUCGAAGAUAUUCUCAACUUCGGAGCGUCUCAGGAGGAUUUGGUGGGAAACCUCAUCGUCACCAAUUGUCGAGUGGUUUGGGCUUUGGAUCGGGAUCGCACCACUUACAACGUCAGCGUGCCUCAUCGAGCACACGUGCCGUCCUUGACGGAUACACAGACCUUUGGGUUGUGCUUGGUCCUGCACAUUCCGCAACCCUUCCUGUGCAAUCCGGACCACCUGGGGGGAAUGCGACUGGGCUUUGGUGUCGCAGGUCUUAAGGGCGCUGAGCGGAAAGAACGCCUGGAGGAGAUUUUGGAACGCAUCAUGAAGCAGCAAGGUGAGUACCUCUCGCAGCCCAAGUACGGGGUUGCUGAUUACAUGAGAAAUCACCGACAAUAUCAGGUGGAAUCCAAUGUGCGUUUGCUGCAUGCCCUGAGCCAUCUGGACAUGCUCAGUGAAAAGACCCGGCCAGACAUGAUCGAUGCAAACUUGGAGGGGGAAGUCAGCGAGUGCGUGAUUUGCCUCGAGCAGGUGUGCAGCGAGUCCCGACUGGCAUACCUCCUGGCGGCUGGCAAGCUCGGAUGGGCUUGUCGGCAUAUCUUCCACUUGGAGUGUGCCCAGCAGCUGGCAACACGCAAGUGCCCCGUGUGCCGUGCAGGAUUCAGCGAAGUCAGAGAGAUGCCAGACAUUCGACUCAGUCCCGGGGCUUGGUUUGAUGCCAUGGACGUGGAUCGCACUGGAGAUUUGGAUUUGGAUGAGGUGCUUGGGGCUUUGGCAGUGGUGUUGCCAAUUGACCGUGACAAGUUGGAGGCCCUUCUGAAGCCUGAACCCGAUGAGGCUCCAGCUGAAUCAGUGCUGAACCAGACCGUUGCAAGCGAAGGCGAAGUGGAAAUUAUUGAGGAGAGGUUGGCUGAUCCUGAUGAUGAGGUCGAGGAGAAGGCUGAAACACCUCCUUUGCCCACGCUGCCUUCCUCUGCCCUAUGGCGACAAUGGGACAAAGCAGGCACUGGACGAAUCACUCGCCAAGCCUUUGAGGAUCCUGAAGGAGGCUUGUUGGUUUGGAUCUUAGCCAGACUCAAACUCUUUCACCGUGGCCAACGCCCGUUUCCAUGCUUGGCAGCUGCUGCAAGUUUGGAAGCGCUGGGCAAGUGGUUUGACUUCUGGGAUUGGAGUCAGGUGGGCUUCUUGACCCGUGGUCAAAUCACACGUGCGAUUGCUCGUGAGUUCGAAGGAAGGCUCCCAGACUUGAAAUGCCUGGAUUUGGUGCAAGAAAUUUGGAGGAAGACCACAGAGGAAGCCCUGGCAAAGCCAGUAACUCCUCGAUCGAGAGUUGUCACUCCAAGCCAUGUGCCCGAUGAAGAGCCAGACAGUCCGAAGUCAGGACAGAAGAAUCGAGACCAUCUUGCUCAAGCGCAUGCAGAUCCAUGGAACUUGAGAGAAGGUAUUUGUUCCAGAGGAGACUUCCUUGAAGGAGGCUUGGGCUUCACUUUGCGUGUGAAACUUCUAGAGGCGACGGCCGAACGAUCUGCGGCCGGCCGCCAUCGGAAGACGUCGAAAGAGAUGCACAGCAUGUUCAGCUUCGAAGAAGCUUUAGUGGCAGCCGCUGGAUCUGGAUCGACUGGAACCAGGCUUUUCCAGAGCCUCACGCAGUGCGCCAACAAACGGCUGGCGGGCGAGCCGGAACCGCUGAUCAAUGUCCGCCUAUCUCAAAGUGCGUUGUCAGUGGAUGCAGCUUGCAACAUUUGCUCUCAGUGA